GGGGGUGCGCGCCCUUUAUGACAGGUGGCCGCGCGUUGCGCGCUCCCGGGGAAAGCAAGGUGGUGGUGGGAGGGGGGAGGGGGAGAGAGUCGGUCCAGCGGCAGAGGAGACAAUGGCAGCGGCGACAGCAGCGCUGUAGGCACCUUCUGAAUGGGAAAAAGCAACCUGGGUGGGGGCGGAGGAGGAGGAGAGGAAGAAACAGCCGCGGCGGAGGAGGAGGAGGCGGAGGGGAGGAGGGAGCCACCCGCCCCCCCCGCAGCAAAGCAGGGGGCAGCCGGCAAGCUCCGGGUGACUGCAAGCGGGAGCGGGCGGGGGGGCUCGGCGGCCAGGGUCCCCGGCAUGGCUGCGGGGCCAUGGGGGCUGCCGUGAGCCGCGCCGGGCGCUGAGAGGCGCGGGGAAGCGCUGGCUCCAUCACCCCCCGGAGGAGGGAGGCAGGCGCGUCCACCUGCACGCACGGGAGAGCCGGGCUCAUGGAGCGGCGGUGACUGCAGCAGCCGCCGCCGCAAUCCCCAGCCUUGCCUGCUGGAGGCAGGGGGGGUGGCCCCCAGCCAGCCCCACGCUCCCCGGCCCCCCUCGCGGGCUCGCCGCCAAGUCUCCUUCAUCAGCAAGUAUAAACCCUUCCACUCUCCUCUUCACCUACCCAAAGACCAAAUCUGGAAAAAGUAACCAAAAGGGAGGCCCACAUCAUAAACAAAACAGGGAAAGCGGGAUGGUGUUGAAAUAAUUUAAGGGUUGGCCAGAUGCAGCGGGGCAUGGAAUGAACAAUAAGAGGUUAAAUUGAUGGAUGACCAACAAGAUAAGGAUUGUGCCUCAGAAGACCAUGAAACUAUCCUGAUUAAUGGGGUGAAAGAAAAUGAAUCACAUGACCCAGACAGUGAUGAGAAGCCUUGCACUGCUGCAGAUGCUGCGGUUACAUUUUCAGCCUUGACAAUAGCUCAGAAGGAAAAUCAAGUGUGCCACCGAGUGCUGCCUCCUCUGACUUCAAAGAAGCCCUGUUUGUUGAGCCCUCCUUCUCCUCUGAGACUCACUGAUGUACCUGAGCACACUUCAGAUGACUCGUCCGCACACGCUAUUUCUCUUACAUCUUGUGUUACAAAGGGCAUGAGCUCCUGGUCUCUGCCAGGCGAUUGUGAGAAGGCUCCAUUCACAAUUAUGGAGCCCGGAGGCAUGUCAGCUCUGACUGGUGACUGCUUGAUGCAGCCAAGCCGGACCUGUCUAGGCUGCUUUAUUGAAUCAAAGGACGGCAUUGAUGCAGAGCCGGGAAUAAGCUUGAAAGUGGGUGAUAUAAAUAGGGAUUAUGACACCUGUUCAGUCUCUGAUAUAGGGAUUCACUGCAUGAGCACAGGAGAAACCAUGAGAUAUGGGGAUCAGCUGCUUUCAGACCAGCUUUUAAGCUUCCCUAUGCAUAAAUCGAGGGCAGCAGACAAAAGAGAUGCAGAGAAAUCUGACAGUGAUUCAGAGGACCCCACUCAGAAAAAUUAUUACGAGGGAUUACUAUCAGACAAAUGCAAUGGUGAGGAACCUUUGCUAACAAAUCCCAACCAGGAGUGGGGCUAUUUCGAAUCUUUCAUUAGUGAAAGUAAAAUUGAGCUGCUUGACCUUUGCUCCAAAAAUGAGCUCUCUGUAAACCUGUUUUCUGAGGAAGACGUGGAUAAUUACAUGUUUGAUGAUGAUGAUUCAACCUUGGGAAGUGACGUCUGCUCCUUAAAGAUUAGAUAUGAAUCUUUCCAAGACAACGUGAGGGAGAAGACCAACGCCCUGCAAGAGGAUGCCCAGUUCAACUUCUUUCCCAGCGUGUUUGGCAACUGCACUAAAAGGGACAGCAAGAGCACCCUGAAGAGGGGUUCUGGUGGUGGUGCUGACCCUUCCCAAUUUAAAUCCGAAGAGGGCAUCAUUUGGGGGGAGGAAGAGGAGGACGGAGAGGAGGAGGACGGAGAGGAGGAGGAGGAGAAAGCUGCCUUAAAUAAAACUUGCAACAGUACAGAGGUGGUGCAAUAUAUAGGCUCUAAAAGGAGCCACUUCUUGGACUCUGUUAAUUCCACAGAGGACUCUGGGGAGUUCAGCGAUGACAGCACCUGCACGGAGUCCUCGGAUGACGUGCUGCGGGAUAUAAAGGACUGUAGCAGGUACCUGUCCAGGGAACAUUCCAAUUCCUUCAUUCAGCAGAACUAUGGGCUGCGGGCAAAGAGGAAAGUGCGAUACAGCGAUGAUUAUUUGUACGAUGUGGAUUCCAUUGAGAGUGAGAAGAUUCUGGAUAAGAAAGAGUGGCUCCCGGACGGACCCAAAGAGGAAGAUGACGAUGAAUGGUGCCCAAAGAAAAGGCGAAAAGUCUCUCGCAAGGAGCCCCCAGUUAUCAUCAAGUACAUCAUCAUCAACAGAUUUAAAGGGGAGAAGCAUAUGCUGGUGAAGCUCAGUAAAGUCGAUGCCAAUGAGACAACUGUUACCCUAAGUGAGGAACUGCUCAGCAAGUAUGAAAAACUGGCCCCACUGAAGGGCUUCUGGCAAGAGAGGCAGCAGAGCCGGAUGGAUUAUCUUAGAUCAUCUCUCUAUCACAAACAGAAUUUCUAUCUUAAUGGCUCGGAUGUCUCAUUCCUCCCUCACCCAAGAAAGCGAAAAUGCAAACUAGCAAACAGGCACAGGAUUCAAAGAAUUAAAGCCAUUGAGCAAUCAGUGAACAAACCGGGCUCCUGUUCCUCUGAUCAGAAGCAGCCUUGCAGCAGUAAAGAGGAUGCAGGCCUGAAAGGGAUGCAGACAUUAGCCAUCGCUACCCCCAGCUGUGCAAACGGAUUACAUUUAAAUGACAUCACAGGCAUUGCCUCAGUGAAGUACAAAUCACAGGACAGGGAAUAUAAGGGGACAGAGAGGAAAGUGCUACGCCGAAUCAAAUUCAAAAGUGAAGCCAGGUUGAAAUGCAAGAAAAUCAAAGCUGCCACAAAUAUGGGAGAAAUCUCCCCUGCCUUGGAAAAUCAGGACACAGCACCUAGUUUGAAGGAUGAAAAUAUUCCUUGUGCUUCAGACAGCUCCCGUAUUUCUGAGUGCCAUGAGGAUAAGGUUGCUAAAAAUUCUACUUUCCUGCCAGCCACUUGCUCUCCGGACAAGCCUCUACCACCUGCUAAUAUCACCACCAAUGUACCCCUGAUCCCCGGUGGGUAUCUGCAGACAUUGUUAGACGCUUCUGAUUUGUCAAGUAACACUGGUAUCUCAUACUUCACCCAGCAUCCCCCUGAACAGCAGCAUUCCCUCCCAAGCAUUGUUCAGGCAGAAAAGCAGUUCUCUGCUCUGCAGACAGCCCAGAGUUGUGUGCUGUCCCCGCCUUCUGAAUCUGAACUGCAGCAGUCACCUGGCCACUUAGAAAUCGAGCAGAGCAACUUCAAUAGCAUGUGGCCAACAAACAAGGCUGCCAGCAGCAACCAUCAGGAAUUUGCAAGUGACAUGAGGGAGGCUUCUGCGUUAUCAAAUGAGUUUGGUGGCUCAGCAGGAGCAGACAACCUCCCAGCCUCUGGAUACAGUCAAGUAAAUCUGAAUAGCAGCAAAUUGCUAUACCAAAAAAAAUAUGUGCCGGAUAACCAACAAGUGCAGUCUGAUGAUUCUUAUCAGUCAUGUCAUUUUAAUAAUGGAGAGGGGCGCUUUCAUUUCCAACGAGGUACACUAAGUACAGAUGAUGGCAGACUCAUUAGUUUUGAUUCAGUGGGCUCAUUGUCAGUUAGUUCGAGCAAUUACAGUUCUUUAAGUCUAAAGUCUUGUGAAAAGGACGGCGAAGAUGAUAUUAAUGAUGAUUUCUUGGCCCACUGCAGUCCCAAGCUAGUGAUCCAACAAAGCAUAGAUGAAAUAACGCCUUUGAAAGAGUCUACGGACCUUUUAGACAUCUCCAACUUCACACCUGAUAAGUUCCGUCAGUCAUCGCUUUCGGAAAUGUCUCCUCCCGACACCCCCAACCUUUCCCCUCAGAUAACCGUGUCAGAUACCAAAUCGCUAGGCAAUCUGAAAGGUUUUCAGGAGACCACUCAGACUGUGCUAAGCAAUACUGAUAAGGUCAAGUGGAACUGUGGGGUUCUCCAGACCCAAGAUCAGGCAGAUAAUGGGUUUACUUUAAAUAAUCAUCAGUUUCAGUUCCAUAUGUUCAAUGAUGAAGAUUCUGUUAGCCUCCUUGAAAAAAGUCCAUGCUUGUCAACAUUUAAUGAGCCAUCUGGUCAAAUUAGCACCAAUAGCAAAGUGUCAAAAUCUAAGAGGAAAAGUUCAUCCAGCAAGAAUGUAGGUACAAACCAAAGUUCUCCCCAGAAAAACACUAGGAAAAAAUCUCCGAAAACUAACAAAGGAACUGAUAAACCACAAAGUAAGAAUUCCAGGCAGACUCCCAAGUCAACAAGGAAAGGGAAAAAUGCAGCUGGAGUCAAUGGUGAAAAGGCGCAAGCAGUUGGCAGCAGGACAGUCAAUCAGUUAAAUAAUACAGCCUCAACAACAAAGGCACUAGCUGAAUGCAUUCAGCACCGCAGCCCAACCUCUGUAAAGAUAGGGAAGCAUAAUGGACUAUCUGGUGAAUGGUCACUAAGAAAAGACAAUAGUACAGGCUGGUCCGAAACUAGCAUAGCAAACACUAACAACCUCCUUGAUGAUGAUCAAAGGGAAUUUGAGGAACCUUCCAAUAUUUUAUCUAACAUUGCAUCUGGAAUGGCAGAUGUUCAGAGAUUUAUGAUGGCCUCAAUCGAACCUUUAUGGGGGCCUGUAGGCCACAACAGCGUCCCAGAUAUAUUCCGGUCGCCUGAAUCUAACAGCCUGAAAUUGAAAACUCUUAAAAUUUUGGCAGGGACAUCACAAGAGUCCAAGAAAAAGGGAAAUGGUAAUUCCCCGGGAACUGCGAAGAAUCACAAGUCAAGCAACAAGGGCUCAAGCAAAAAUAAUGGCAAAGCCACAACUUGUGAUCCCAGUCGCCCCAACUGUUCAACUGGGUACAAUAUAGACAUUCACUCUCCCUUUUUUGAUAAAAGCUAUAGUAACCUGAGCACUUUAGGCAAUAAUGGACCUACCCAUAAAAAGCUGUACCGUCAUAAAUCAAGUUCUAAAUCACUGAGGGAUGAGAACUGUAAAGUAAAGCGAACAGACCGUGAACAGAACCAUAAGGACCCAUCUGUGACAGCUUCUUUUGAAAAACUGAGGGAAUCAGACUACAUUCUUCUUAAAGCAGAAACAACAUUUUUGGUUUUACCUGUGUUUGAAGAAGAGACUCCUUUUUCUAGAAAGACGUUUGAUGUUUGGUUUUUUUGGUUUUUGUUUGUUUCUUUCAAAAUAUGCCUUGUGGUAUGUUGAAAUGUAAGUGCUGAAAUGAAGAGUUUGAAAUUGUGGGAAUUUAUUCUUUGAAAGCAAACCUAAUCUGGUAUUCUCUGUGAAAGACUUUUAAAAGUCAUACUGUUGUACAGUAGUUUAUGCACUAUUACCCACAACAACAACAAAAAUUGUGCCAAACUAUGAACAAGUGACUGUAUUGUACAUAUUUUUACUUCUCUAUCAACAUUGGGUUGUGAGUGUUUUCUGGAACUAUGCCUUUUGAUUUACUAUAAACAUUCCAGUGAUUAUGUAUUAACCACCCCCUUUGGAAGCACCUGUAACUCACAGUGAAAAUGAUGUUGUUCACUUAUACAACUUACCAAAAGUUUGAUGGACAUAACUAAAAGUGUGCCAAAUUUACUUACCUCAUUUCAUGGAUUUGCCCUGUGGUUUAAAGCUCUCUCACACACACACACACA